AUGAAGUUCUCAGCUUCUUUACCAUUGUUCGCUACUCUCGCUGCGGCACAAACUGUGAUCGAAGGCUCUAGCUUCGGUCAUGGUCAAACGCUAUCACCCACCAGGGACACCAUCCCGGGAUGGACAAUUGGAGGAGAAGGACAUUCUCCCCAAGUUCUCUCCAACAAGCUAAUUCUUACUCCCCCUUACCCUGGCAACACUAGAGGGUUUGCUUGGUCCCAAGCUCCGGUUUCCCAAUCAGAAUGGUCGGCUGAAUUCCAGUUCCGAGCAUCUGGAGUUGAGAGAGGAGGGGGCAACCUCCAACUGUGGUAUGCUAAAGAUGGUCAGAGCAAGAUUGGCACUUCUAGCAUUUACACUGUUGGCCAAUGGGAUGGAUUCGCACUCGUCGUUGAUAUGCACGCCGGAAGAGGGGGUAGCAUUAGAGGGUUCCUCAACGAUGGCACAACAGAUUAUAAGAGCCAUAGAAGUGUAGACAGCCUUGCUUUUGGACACUGCGACUACUCUUAUCGCAACCUGGGACGGGCCUCCGUUGUUCGUAUCAAGCACACAAAUGCCAACCUUGAAGUAACUGUCGAUGACAAACUAUGCUUCGCAACGGACAAGGUCUCUCUUCCUGCUGGCAACACCUUCGGUGUGACGGCCGCAACACCAGAGAACCCCGACUCUUUCGAGGUCUUCAAGUUUGUCCUACAGACUGCUCAGUCCGGCACAGCCCCACCAGCCCAGCAGCAAAACAACCAACAGCAGCAACAACCACCACAGCAGCAGCAGCAGCAACAACAACAACCAGUCGCUGCCCAGGCCCAAACGCAGCAACAGCCCAGGACCGACCAGUUUGUUGACCUCGCUGCUCGCAUCGAACUUGUCAACAAGGCUACGGGCAACAUCAUCCGCGAAAUCGGCAACCAAGGCAAACAGAACGAGAACCGCCAUCUCGAGCUCCAGCAGAAACUCGCAACUAAGGAGCAAGUCGCCGGUCUCGAUGCCCGCCUCCAGAAGAUUGAGCAGAUGCUGCAAACCAUCCAGCGUGACCUGGAAGGCAAGGACUACCACAGCCGCUUCAAUCAGCUCCAGGAUACCCUCCGUUCUUCUCACCAGACCUUGACCGAGCACCUUCAGGGCUCUGUCCUCAGCGCAAUCACCGCCUCUACUCCACGCAUGGGCUUCUUCAUCUUCCUCAUCAUCGCCUUCCAGGUCUUCCUGGCAGUCUCUUACAUCAUCUACAAGCGCCGCCGCGCAAACAUGCCCAAGAAAUUCCUCUGA